GAAGGCAGAACAUGGACACCUUACGCAGGGUACUGGAUUUCUGCAUCCGCCACCAGACAGUUCUGAGUUACAGCAUUGUGUCCCUGAUGACAGCUGCUAUUGAGUACAUCUUCUUGGCUGUGGUGUUCAAGUGCCCCUGCAAUUCUGGGAACAUGCUGUAUGGCUCUGUCUUCCUCAUAGUGCCUGCCUUCAUCCUCUUCCUGCUCGGCUAUAUGAUGAACCCCAGGAUGUGGCACCUGCUGACUGGCAUCUGCACUCCGGAGAAGAGCUGCAGCUGCAGACCCUGGGGAACCUGUGCUGGCUGCUUCUGCGUGCUGCUACAGGUAACAGCCAGAGCUGUGGUGGCCCCCCUCACCUGGCUCGCAGUGGCCCUGCUCAGAGCCAGGUUCUACGAGUGCAUGGCCAGUGGAAGCAGCCUGAUAAAGAACCUCAUGUGUAAAGAUAAAGGAUCAGAGUGCCACGAGAUGCUGGUCAAAAUACCCUGUGAUGAGAAGUUAUCAGAGAAGAUAUCGAGUGAAUUCCUCAGCCUUCAGGCACAGUCCCAGCUGAUAGGAUGGUUCCUGAUUACCGCCAUCAUGGCUGCAGCACUGAUUGCGAAGUGUAUCCGCCGCUGCUGCUCCCCAUUUAGCUAUCUUCAGCUCAAGUUCUGGAAAGCCUACUCAAAAAACGAAUGCGAGCUCUUUGAGGCCAAGGCUAAAGAGCAUGCAAGCAAGCUGUCAGAAAGAAAUGUGAAUUGCUUUUUUGAAGCCACUAACCCAGCACCGUUUCAGACCCCCAGCAAUGAAGACUGGCGGAAGAUUUCAUUUUUGUAUACUUUUAAUUCGCAAGAGCAGCAUUACAGCAUGCUACACGAGUAUAUUGACACAAACAGAGGCAGCAACGUCAGACUUGGGAAAGAAGAUCAGAAUCCCACUGGUUUAGGAUUUGUGAAUGAAACAAUUGCAAGUCAAUCAGGGUUUUAAUGAAAAAAACCCUUUGCAAUACUGGCAAUCUUUCAACCCUACUGAUAUGAGUCUUAUUCUGUGCUCUUAUUGAAAUCUAUGCAAAUUGUAUGUAAAAGCUAAUCGUUGUAACCCUCAGCAGAUUUGUUUAAAAACACACAUUACUACUUUUGCUUAAGUACAUCUAAAUAAAUACAUCUGUCAUGACGGGAGCUUUCAUAUGUUGUUGUUCAUUAAGAACCGCAUGUGCAAAUUAAUCAUCAUCCACAAAGAUGUCAGCAUGUACUAUGUCAAAUUAUUACCUAACAUCUUGGGGGCAUUUGGCAGCUGGACUGACAAUACCAAGCCUUUGUACUUGGCAGUAUCAAAAAGACAAAACGAAAUGGAAGUUUUGAUGAGAAAUUCAUCUUAGUUUAUUAGCUCUCGCUUGACAACGUAUCUUUCGUGAGAGCUUAGUGCAAGCUCUAGACUAAAAUACCUACUUUCAGUCAGUUGGUUUCUCAAGGCAAGGACUGUAUUUUCUAAAACCUGGGAAGUAAUCAGCAUUUUGGAACUACCUGUGCCUGCCAAAGGAAUCCACCAGACUGAUUUCAGCUGCUUGUACUUUCUACAGAUGAGCAAAAGAAUUCCAAUCAGUUCAGUUUUUCUCUGAAAAGCUGUUUAGAGAGCACUCUAGAGGCGAGUCUGGGCUCUUCCCAGAAAUCGCUUUCUAGACAGUAAACUCUGACUUGGAAGCUAUUCAGACAGACAGAGAGAAAUACCAUUAAGUUGUUU